CCCAGCACUGUAAUCGGACGCUGCUGCUAUCGGUCGCACUGCAUGACGGGAUCAGGAUACGGAGACGGAUUUGGAGGAUAACACGCAACCAUGAGCUUGCCCAGCGCCCACGCACACGCAGCGUCGCCCGUCUACAGCAACAGCAAUAGCAACACCAACAACAAGUCGAGUGCGGGCAACAAAAAGACCUCGUCGAAAAACGAUUUGCUGCGCUGCGCCGUCGGUCUAUUGCUGAAGCAGAAAAACUACGUGAGCAACGAACGAUUUCGCCGUUCGGACUUCCUACUGCUGCAAAAUAAACAGCAAUUCGCGGUAAACAAAAUGUUGGACACGGAUUUGCAUGGCGGAAAUAGCUUCACCUACUCAAAUGUUCAGGUGAUCAACAACAAUCAGCACACGGUGGACCAGCAGUUUGGACGCUUCUCGCAAUUCGUGGAGGCCCAGGCGGAACCGCUGCGUCUGGAGAUGAAGCGUUUCUAUGGACCCAUGUUGUGCCACUUCUAUCUGGAUCUGCUCAAGGCUCGCGAACCCAGAGGCGCUGUGGAACUGCUCCGGAAAUAUGCCCAUUUGGUGGCACCCGUGGACCUGUACGAUGCACCACCGCCCACCAAGAUCAACGGCUGCUCAACCUCCGCCACAGACUCCACCUUUCAUAUACGCUUCGCCAGGGAAGCCCUGGACACUGGGGACACGGAGCUGGACUACUUUAUGCGGCUGGUGCAGACACUGAGCGGAUAUACACGACUGGAGGCAGCCGAAUCGGACGACACAGUGGCCCACUUCCGCUCUUCGAAGUACGAACUGCACACCACGGCCCAGGUGGUGGAGAGGAUAUGCAGCUAUCUACAGCGGCGGGGCCAUGUUUUGAUUAUGAACCUGCUUUACACUUGGCUGCAUGUGCACAUCGUUGAGAACGAGCAGCGAUCCUUCAGUGAGGAUCACCUGCUUGGUUUGACGGACGACCUGGAAGGUGAGGAAGCGGAGGAGGAGGUGCUAACCAAACCAAUAGUAUCUACCCGCGGAGACAUCAAGCCCGGAAAGUCCUUGACGGAAAAGUCCAACAGAAAACGACCCGCUGAGGAGCCAAAUAUAAAACUGGAAAUCGACAUCAAGCAGGAAAUCGAUGCGGAUGAAUCCGCGGAUCCUAUUCAGUCCCAACUGAAUAUAGGCGUCUGCUUGGACACCCUCAAGACGGCCACAGAACAGAUACUCAAGGCCCAGGUGGAGCUGCCACAAUUUAUUAAGAUCAGCGAGCGCUCCCGUGGUCUCACCUCCGCCCACAUGGAUCCCAGUGAGUGCCACCUGCUAGCCGGUUUCGACAACUCUGCCGUGCAGCUGUGGCAGCUUAACCAAAACAGCUGCCGCGGCAGGAGCUUCUACAGACGCUAUCCGCAAACGCAGUGUCCCUGGGAGCUAAACAACUGCGUGGAUCAGGAGGAGGAGGAGGACAGCAGCGAAGAGGAUGUCAAGUGCUCUGAGGAAGAGCGUAGGGAUCGCAGCAGAGCGCGUCACGGCAAAUAUGCCGACAACUCCUAUAACGAAUUUGGUGGUCUGCAGCUGCGAGGCCACACGCGAGGCGUCACUGACGUGCGUUUCUCCGCCCACUACCCGCUCAUGUACAGUGUGUCCAAGGACGCCACCAUGCGGUGCUGGCGGGCGCACAACCUGCACUGCGCCGCCAUAUACAGAAGUCACAACUACCCGAUCUGGUGCUUGGACGAGAGUCCAGUGGGCCAGUACGUGGUGACGGGGUCCAAGGAUCUGAGUGCACGCCUCUGGUCGCUGGAGAAGGAACAUGCGCUGAUCAUAUAUGCCGGACAUACGCAGGACGUUGAGUGCGUUUCCUUCCACCCGAAUGGUAACUACAUAGCCACCGGCUCGGCGGAUCACUCAGUGCGCCUGUGGUGUGCGACAAGCGGCAAACUGAUGCGCGUCUUUGCGGACUGCCGCCAGGCGGUGACCCAGCUGGCCUUCAGUCCGGAUGGAAAGAUGUUGGCCGCCGCCGGAGAGGAGACCAAGGUGCGCAUCUUCGAUCUAGCCGCCGGAGCACAGCUGGCUGAGCUCAAGGAUCACUCGGCGAGCAUUAGUUCCCUCUCCUGGAGCACGCACAAUCAGCAUCUAGCCACGGCCUGCACUGAUGGCACCUUGCGAUUGUGGGACAUCAAAAAACUUGCGCCCAUGGGCGACAACAACAGUGCUGGGAGCUCCUCAUCAGCUACAACGAAUCGUGUGCUAACACUCAAUAGUUCCUGCCAGCGUUUGGUCGAUGUUUUUUACGGGCGCAGCAAGACGCUUCACUGCAUCGGCACCUGAAUUAAACGGAUUGAACUGCGGACCGAAUGAAUUUUCACUUUCUAAUGGUUUAUGUUUGAAAAUAAUUUAUUUGUAAUAAGUCUGUAUAAUAUUACUGUUACAAUCGUGUGAAA